UGACGCGCUAGGGCCGGCGGGCCGGGCCAUGCAGCGCUCCCGGGCGGCCGUGGACGAGGCGGCCCUACUCCUGGCUGGGCUGGCCCUGCGGGAGCUGGAGCCGGGUGGUGACUCUCCAGGCAGGGGUCGACGGGGGCCGCGGCCCGGGCCGGGAGAGGAGGCGGUGCAGGCGCUGGGCCGCAGAGGCAAGGGCGGCGGCGGCCCCGAGGCUGGGCCGGACGGACUGAGCCGCGGGGAGAGAGGCCCGCGGCGCGCAGUGGCUCCCGAGCUCAGCGCGCAGCCGGCGGGCAGCCCGCGGGUCAGUCUGGCGGGCUCCGACGGUGGCGGCGGCGGCGGUAGCACUCGCUCCAGCGGAAUCAGCCUCGGCUACGACCAACGCCACGGCAGCCCACGCUCCGGUCGCUCCGACCUGCGUCCGGGCCCAGGUCCGUCGUCUGUGGGCAGUGCCCGCUCCAGCGUGUCCAGUUUGGGCUCCCGCGGCUCGGCGGGCGCCUAUGCCGACUUGCUCCUGCCCGGCGCCUGCCUUGCUCCGGCUCGCUCCCCGGAGCCUGCUGGGCCGGCCCCCUUCCCUCUGCCUUCUCUGCAGCUGCCCCCGGGCCGAGAGGGCGGCCCGAGCGCGGCCGAGCGACGGCUGGAGGCGCUUACCCGGGAGCUGGAGCGGGCGCUGGAGGCGCGCACGGCGCGGGACUACUUCGGCAUUUGCAUCAAGUGUGGGCUCGGCAUCUAUGGAGCGAGGCAGGCGUGCCAGGCGAUGGGGAGCCUGUACCACACCGACUGCUUCAUCUGUGACUCCUGCGGGAGACGACUUCGCGGGAAGGCGUUCUACAACGUGGGAGAGAAGGUGUACUGCCAGGAGGACUUCCUGUACUCCGGGUUCCAGCAAACAGCUGACAAGUGCAGCGUGUGUGGACACCUCAUCAUGGAGAUGAUCCUGCAGGCCCUSGGCAAGUCCUACCACCCGGGCUGCUUCCGGUGCUCCGUGUGCAACGAGUGCCUGGACGGGGUGCCCUUCACCGUGGACGUGGACAGCAACAUCUACUGCGUCAGGGACUAUCACACGGUUUUUGCACCAAAAUGUGCCUCCUGUGCCCGUCCCAUCCUCCCUGCACAGGGCUGCGAGACCACCAUCCGCGUGGUGUCCAUGGACAGAGACUACCACGUGGAAUGCUAUCACUGUGAGGACUGCGGGUUGCAGCUGAGCGGAGAGGACGGACGCCGCUGUUAUCCCCUGGAGGGCCACCUGCUGUGCCGACGUUGCCACCUGCGGCGCCUCGGGCACGGCCCACUUCCCUCCCCCGCUGUGCACGUCACUGAGCUCUGAGCUGGGGUGGGGUGGGCGUGGACGUGGGAGGAGGGAGGGUGGCCCUGGUCAGUGUCCCGUGGGCCCUGCCGCCGCUUCCACCCACUCCAUCCAACACCUACCCAGCUGCUGGCCUGCCGCAGGGGCCGGACCCCCGCGUUGAAGCUACUUCUAUUUAUUCACCGUCUGUGCCUCCCCAAGCCACUUCCCUCGGGUGCCCUGCUGCCUCCCACCUGCCCACUCACCAGCUUUCGGUUCCAGGACUCCCUGUGCCCCUGCAGCCUCCUGGGCUGUGGGUCGCUGGGCGGGAAAGGUGGAGAGGUCCUCCUUCCUUGGCGGGGACUCUCCACGGGGUGCCACUUUCCUUGGUUCGGAAGGCGCCUGGGACCCUCUCCAAGCGUGCGCCCUGGGGUCGCGGAGGGCACAGGUCGGCUUGUGUUUCCUAAGUGCCUUGCCCGCUGGUGGGYGAGGAGGGUGUCUUGUUUUUGUGGGAACAUUGUGGGAUUUGGCCAUGGGGGCUCGAGGGUGUUUUCAGCCACAGUUUCCCCUGCCCUGGCCCCUGGCUUGGGCCUUGCCCCUCCCCACCAUCCUCAGCCCCCGGCCAGGACCUCGCUCCCAGCUCCAGCCGCAGGUGGGGGCGAGGAGCGGCCGCGAGSGGGCGCACUGCGCGCCGGCCCGGGAAGCCCCUGUGCGCGCGCGCUGUGUACCAGGCUCCACUACAAACGGAUGUGAUUUGACUUAAAUUAAGUUUUUCCUUUGAGGAUAUUUUCAUUUUCUUUAAAAGAAUAUAGUUUUCUUGUAAGAACUUGGACUGGG